CAAAACUCUUCAGCGGCCAGUCCAAAAGAGAAACUUGGGUUGAAAUGGUAACGGAAGUGACGGUUCGUCAAGUGACUGUUGGAUAUUCCCAGAGGAUCCUCUCAAUGGCAAUUUUACAAAUCCUACCAAAUCAAUAAUAUAUUUGUUGAAUACUCGCGGCUAUAAAGGAUCACGCAAGGCAUCAUCCUAAGAGCAGGGUACAAACGCCUUCAUCAUUUUCUCUCCUCAUUCUUAUAAAGUUUGGUAGGCGGUGACCGCGGCCGUGGUUGGUGGGCAAAGAUGGAUCCUGCAUCAGGUUCUCUGAAGAUGACGAUGGUGGUCGUUUUGUUAUCGAUCUCGUGCAUCGUGUCAAGCGCUCAAGAUUUUGAUUUCUUUUACUUCGUUCAGCAGUGGCCAGGCGCUUAUUGUGAUACCAAAUUCGGCUGUUGCUACCCGAAGACAGGCAAACCUGCUGUGGAUUUCAGCAUUCAUGGCCUCUGGCCCAACUACAACGACGGCGGCUACCCUUCCCACUGCGACAAUGGCAGCCCAUUUCUUCCUUCCGAGAUAUCGGACUUGAGGGAUGAGAUGGAGAAGCAGUGGCCUUCUCUGUCGUGCCCAAGCAGCGACGGCACCAGCUUUUGGUCCCACGAGUGGGAGAAGCACGGGACUUGCUCUGAAUCGGUGCUGAACCAGCACCAGUACUUCCAAGCUGCGCUCAACCUCAAAACCCAACUCAACCUCCUCCACAUCCUAACCAAAGCAGGAAUUCGGCCAGAUGGAGGAAGUUACAGUUUAGAAAGCAUAAAGAAUGCCAUACAAGAAGCAACAGGGUUUGCCCCAGGUAUAGAAUGCAAUGUUGAUGAGAGCAGGCAACCGCAGCUCUACCAGAUCUUCGUAUGUGUGAACACAAAGGGAACCAACUUCAUUGACUGCCCUGUCCUGCCAAGAGGAAGAUGUUCCUCGGAAGUUGAAUUUCCUGCUUUCUGAAUCAAAGUCGCGUCUCCAGAUUGUUGGAGGACGAGAUUAGCUCAGCAAAUUCCUACCCCAUGACAAAUCUCAGACAGUUGAAUCUUUUGCACUCUGGUUAAUGAGAAAAAAAAGUUCAAAUACAUGCAAUAUAAUUUACAGUACUGCCUUAGCUGCAGUGGAUUGUGCUAAACCCACUUCCUGGAAGGAUAGUCAAAACUCUGUGUGUGUGUGUGUGUGUAUAUAUAUAUAUAUUGAGGAACUGAACCUCACGAUUUCAUGGGGUUCCCUUCCCUU